AUGAAACCAAGUAUAAUACGAUUAAUAAAACCUAGACGACCUGAAAGACCAAAUCAAUCCCCCUUAUUACCACCAUUACAAUUAUAUCGAUCAAUUUUAAGAGCUCAUGUAAAUAAAUUACCACAAGAAUUACGUUAUUUAGGAGAUCAAUAUGUUAAAAAAGAAUUUAAAGAUCAUAAAAAAAUUGAUAAUCCAUUACAUGUUGUUGGAUUUUUAACUGAAUGGCAAGAUUAUUUAAAACAAAUUGAUGGUGGGAAAUGGUUAGAUGGAAAAUUAUCAAAAAAUGAAUUAGAUAAAAUGACUCCUGAACAAAUUGGUCAAUUAUAUGAAUUAAUGGAAGCUACAAAAAAAUUAGGAGAAAAUGAAAUACAAUAA